AUUAUUACGAGUUAUAACAAAUAAGAACAAAAUAACCAUAAGCGAAAUGACCAUAAAAUUGAUCAUGUUGUUCGCAUUGGUAGCUUAUGUAUCAGCCGGUAGAAAAACAGGCUCAGCUGGAUUGGACUUGAUCAAAUUCUCUGAAGGCUGGAGACCUGACUUCUACUACGACCAGAUUGGCCAGAAGACCAUCGGUUACGGACACUGCUGUAAAUGGCAUAACAACUGCAAUGACAUCAAACCACCGCUCAGUAUGGCUCAGGGCGAGGAGUUGUUGAAAAAGGAUCUUGUUGAAUAUGAAAAUUGUGUAAACAAGGUUGCGCCCGGACUCAACCAGAACCAAUUUGAUGCCUGCGUGGAUUUUACAUUUAACAUGGGCUGCGGAACAUUCCAGGCAUCAGAUGUACUAAAAGGUAUCAAGGUACAAAACUGGUCGGCGGCCGCCAACUCGUUCGCUAAGUAUAACAAAGCCGGCGGUCGAGUGAUUGAAGGGCUGACUGUCCGCCGAGAAAACGAGAGAAAACUGUUUCUUAAGUAAUAGUUUUAUGAAUUAUAACUCUGUAUAUGUUUUUUUACAGAUUAGAAAUUGAUUAUUUUUUGUUAUAAAUUUUUUUGCCAUUAUUUUAACCCAG